AUGACUGGACACUCGCUGGCCCUAGUGGCCGCUCUCCUCUCUCUGGCCGCCGUGGAUGCCUCGUCUCUAGAGCACCUUAUGCCCGCCGUCACGCCUGCUGGUAUGGUCGCCGUUGAUGGAAUGACCCCAAAGCCUACUCCCCCUCCAGGUCUAGCUGCUGGUAUACCGCUUGAGUUGGCGAAGCGACAGAGCAUGGGAUCAAGCAGCUUGUUGAUCCCUUUCCCUCCUCCGGCGUAUUACUGUGGUUUGGUUGAUGGUGACCCAGCAAACCCCCUGACCUGCGUCAACGCCCGCGCGACAUGUAUCUACACUGGAAAUGCUGCCGGAUGCUGUCUCAGCAAAAACAUUAGCGACUGUACCACCAUCCCAACCACCUGUUACGCCUCGAGCGUCAGUUGUGACGCAGCCUGCUCCAAGGACUCUCUCGCCCUCAAGUGCAGCAUAUCUACCUUGCCUUACUGCGGAUCCUACAUAUUCAACCAAAACACCAAGCUGUACGGCUGCUACUCGUAUGCUUCGGUAUCAGAUAACAUCUCGCCGCUAUCACAGUAUUUCUCCUCCGUGCUAGGACCUGACUAUGCUUCUAAAUACUCCGCAACCCAUAUCCCAUCCUCCACCACCGCCACUGAGAGCUCCUCCCAGGAGUCCGGCACCAGCGUAUCGGACAUCUCACCUCAACCAUCCUCCUCCACCGACCCGCGCCCCUCCCCAACCCCAACUCCUCAACCUAGCACAGGACUCGGAGCUGGCCCCAUCGCCGGUAUCGUCGUCGGCUGUGUCGCUGGUGUUUCCGCCGCGCUCAUUGCCCUCUGGUGGUUCGUCUUGCGCAAGAAGCCGGACACUCCCGCUCCCGCUCCUGCCACCGCUUACACCCAGAACAACAACAUGCCUCCAACUGGAAUGAACCCACAACAUCCAGGCUAUAAUCAGACACCCCCAGUUGCAGGAGGCUAUUAUGCUCCAGUUGAACAGAAGCCCCCAGCCGACGACCAACUACCAACUUAUCCAAACGAGCAAAAGAUUGCACCACCUUUCGCCCAUCCACCUCAAGCUCCUCAGACUGCCGAAAUGCCUGGGUCAGUUGUCAAUUCUCCACAGCAGAUGUCACCUAUUCCAUCCGAACUGGCAUCAACACCCAUGGGCGCCACGCAUAACGGGCCUGUGCCAGAGCAGAUAUAUGAGAUGGGUCCAGGCCGGUAG